AUGUCGCCAUUCAUUGCGCCACAAGUCGUGCUUUCUGGCCUUAAGGAGAGAUUCGAGUCAUUGGCGCUUCAAGGUGGAGUAUUCCAGGAUAUUUAUGCCGUCUAUGUACAAGUGCGACUGCAAUCGCCUCUCAUAUCUACGUUGGAAGCUAACGGACCAGUGAAGCGGAAGCUAGGAUUCGUCAAGGAUGUUAACUCCCUCGUCGCUCUGUCUGAGAUGAAUGUUACCCUCUUUCCUAUACCAUCCUUUGCACCACCAACUAUCCUGCCAAAGGCGAAGGCCGCUUUUUCCUUCUCGGUAUACUCUUAUGUUGAGAACGUCGAUUGCCCUCCAAGCCCAUCAACUUCCGACAAACCCCUGGCAAAACGGAACCAGCCGAUCCCAACACUUGUCACACUCUUGCUUGUUGGAUGUAGACGGAAAGCCGUUAUAUACUCGUGGAAGGAUGGGGAGCCGCAGGAUGUGAAGGAAGCUCCCCUACCACAUUCUGCUCGUUCUAUCGUCUUUCUCAACAAGGAUACAGCAUGUUUUGCAUAUUCGCCGACGGAAUAUGCAAUAUUCUCUGUUGGUACCAUGACAGCAGUUGACAUCGUCACUCCUCUGCCAGUGACGUCCUCGGGGACUGCGAUGAACGCCCUGACAGGCCUCACCGGUUACAUGACUCUUGGCCUGGGUGCGAAAGCGAAACCUGCCGUGGUGCAAGUUGCCGAUGGUGAAUGGCUUAUUGCUAAGGAUGGUCAGGGAUUUUUUAUUGGUGCUGAUGGCAAGCCAUCACGUACCGAAACAAUUGAAUGGCCUACACCUCCAGAAGAAAUUGCUUUUGUUAAGCCAUAUGUCUUCUCUGUUCUCCCAGCAGGAACAGUCCCAACCCAAUCUCAACCUUCCGAAUCAUCCUCACCUUCCGCCUCUAAUCAGUCCGCAUUCAAUUCCACUGCCGUUGUCCAGAUUCGCUCCUCGCUUUCCCUUCAAGUCGCACAGACCUUACCCUUCCCCUUCAACACCGCAGUGUCAGACAUCAACCCCACGCAGAAUGCACAAGUGCGACUCUUGACUUCGUCUGCUUCGGCUAAAUCACCGUUGUACCUGUUAACCACCCCAGUGGAUAAGACAGCAGCUGCAAACGAAGGAAGCUCUGUCUGGCGGUUCACUCUCCGGCCGUGGUCAGAUCAGAUUGACGAACUAGUGCUAGCAGGGCAAUAUUCCGAUGCGUUGGCUCUUCUCGACACGCUCGACGAGGCACAGAUCUCGGACAAGAACCAACGGAAGAUACGUAUACGUGCAUUGAAUGCUGUGUCGCAGUUCCGCGCCGCUAAGUUCGACCAGGCUAUCGACGCGUUCAUCGAGCUCGAUUUCAACCCUGCGAAAGUUGUCGCUCUGUACCCCGAGUCUGUCGCUGGUCGACUAUCCGUGCCACAAGACCGCUGGAUACCGCUGUAUGGAGGCCCUGUUCCCAUUGCGUCUGCGACGACGAAACCGGCAGCCAAAGACGAUGACCACUCGAUUUCUGACCAUUCUCACGACAGUGGCGAUAAGGACAAGUCGUCGAUACACACAGGACAUGAGAGGGCAGCGACAGAACUCCUUGAUAGCAUUGCCUCUGGCACGGGUUCUGUGGGUGGAAGGCUGCGGAAGACGGGGCUAGCUGGGUUGGGAAUGUUCCUCCCCAGCGGGCCUGCGCAAAAGGACGAUGACACGGCAUCUGUAUCGUCCAAGAAAAAGGUGCAUCUACACGAUGAUCUCAAUCGUUCCAUAGAGACCCUCGUGCGCUAUCUCGCUGACCGGCGGCCAAAGCUUCGUGCAGCCCUUGAAACUCUUGGUAUCACCCCCGAGUCGCAGUCGCACCUCGCUGCGCCCCUCUCAGAGGCUUCGCUCGAUGAGCUCUUCGUACUACCCAAUGCCCCGCUUUCAGCACUGACACCAGAGCAACUACUGCGAUUUGCGCAGAUUGUAGACACAGCCCUAUAUAAAUCGUAUUUGAUCAUCCGGCCAGCGUUGCUUGGAAGUUUGUGUCGAAUUGCGAAUUGGUGUGAAGUAUCGGAGGUAGAGGAAGAUUUGAGGGCCAGGAAGAAAUUCGCCGAGAUGAGGGAUUUGUAUCAUGGGAAGAAGAUGCAUUCGAAGGCGCUGGACUUGCUUAAGGAGCAGAGUGAACACGAAAUCGACCUUGAGGAUAAGCUGAGCCCUUCGAUCCAAUACCUUCAGAAACUAGGCCCAGAGUAUAUCGAUCAGGUUUUCCACUAUGCCCAAUGGAUAUUCGAGUGUGAUAGCGAGAUGGCGUUUCAGAUCUUCACCUCCGAAGACGUUGAACUUCCAAAGAAGACCGUUGCUGACUAUCUAGAAACCCUCGACCCAAAAUAUUGUGCGACAUAUCUAGAAUACAUCAUCGAGGAGCGCCACGAAGAAACGCCGGCGUUCCACGAUCGAUUGGCAGAGCUAUACUUCAAUAUGACGAUGACAGCAAAGAAACGGAGCGACGAGAAGAUACGGAGAGAGGCCUAUGGCAAACUCCUCAAAUUCAUCAGCAUUGAUGAUAAGUUCGCCGUUGAUCGCCUGUAUGGCCAUGUCUCUUCAACCGACCUUCAUGAAGCUCGAGCCAUCCUUCUAGGAAGAUUGGGUCGCCAUGAUCAAGCCCUUGAGACAUACGUCUACCGAUUGCAGGACUAUCUGAAGGCGGAAGAAUAUUGCAAGCGCAUAUACUCAGCAAAUUCACCGACCAGUGGUGUCUUCCUCACUCUUCUACGGAUAUACCUCCGGCCAACAGAACGAACGACAACAGACCUCCUUCAACCCGCCUUGGAUCUCAUCAGUCGACACAGUCCUCGCUUAGACUCUGUGGAGACCUUGCAACUCCUUCCUCCUCUUGUCACAACGGACGACAUCCGUGCCUUUCUGAUCGAGGCCCUUCGUGCGCCGGUAUUCGACGCUCAGGUCAUCCGUAACAUUAGCAAGGCUAGGAAUGACCAACUUUCGAGGAGGCUCAUGGCAUUGCAGUCGAAGAGGGUGAAGGUCACGGAUAGUCGGAUCUGCCCUCAGUGCCAUAAACGGUUGGGCAAUAGCGUUAUUGCCGUCCAUGCUCCUCGGUGCGUUUAUGUGGAGUCCUUCGUAGUUUAA